UUAAUCUUUCAUUGCAGCCAAAACAUCUUUACUGGUUACUGAGUUUAGAGGUGUUCUCUCUCAAACACUAACAGUUCAACAUUCAGUCUUCAUUCCCUCACCUGUUCAUAUCUGAGACAUUUUACACCUGGUGAACAAUCUGCGUCUGUCCUGAUGAUGAAAAAGAUGAAGAUGGUGAUGAUCUCUCUGACUGCAGGAAGCUGAAAACACUUUUCUCUGAGAGAAUGAGACCUGGAUCAGCUGCAGUGUUUCUGAUUCUCCUGAUGAACGUCUCCACAGGUCAAACUCUGACAUGUGGUCCAUAUCAUUAUGAGAUACAUGAUAGAUGCUGUACUAUGUGUCCAGCUGGAGGUUGGGUUUAUGCAGACUGCACAGACUUCAGAAGUACUCUCUGUAAGCCCUGCCCUGAUGGAACCUUCAUGGACCAUCCGACUUACCAUCCAGUCUGCUACAUCUCUAAAAGCUGUGAUGAAGGUUCUGGUCUGAAGAUGAAGACGUCGUGUACAAAAGUAUCAGACACAGUUUGUGAACCUCUGGAAGGAUUUUACUGCUCAGACUCUAGAAAGGACGACUGUGUGGAAGCAAGGAAACACAGACACUGUGAACCAGGAGAAUACAUCAGAGAACACGGAACUUCCUCCACAGACACCGUGUGCUCGACCUGCUCUGAUGGAACAUUUUUAGAUGGGACGUUUACAUUUUGUCAGAAACACAAACAAUGUGAAUCAGAGGGUCUGCUGCUGCUGAGAGCAGGAACCAAGACAGAGGACGCUCAGUGUGGAGAUAUACCAUCAGACUGGACUGGACUGAUAGUUGGUGGUGUUUUGGGGCAUUUAGCUGUCGUGCUUGUGGCAUUAACAGCAUGGUUUUGCAGAGAGAAGAUAACAAGUUUUCUAAACAGAAGAAAAAAAAGUUCAGCAGGAACUCCUGACGAGGAGCUAGAUACCGCAGGAAGACGGAUCCCACAGCCCAGGACCCCUCUCACCCACUCAUCACAGCCCAGGACCCCUCUCACCCACUCACCACAGCCCAGGACCCCUCUCACC